AUGCCUGUAGCCCGCGCUCGCCUCCUAGCGCUCUCGCCUCCCGCCGAGCUGCGGCCGGCGCACACGCUACUCAACGGCCAGUGCUUUGGCUGGCGGCCGCACGAGCACCGCGUCGACGAGUAUGUCGGGGUUCUCGGCCGGCGCGUCGUCUCGAUCCGGCAGACCACGAGCGGCACCGAGUUUGCGGCGAUGCACGGGCGGCCCGAGGGGCUCGAGGAGGAGCUGAUCGACUACUUCCAGCUUCGAACGCCCCUCUCCUCGCUCUACGCGCAGUGGGCCAGCGCCGGCUGCCGGCGGAUGGAGGCGAUCUCCCGCUCGCUGCCCGGGCUGCGGAUCCUGCGGCAGGAGCCGUGCGAGUGCCUCUUCUCCUUCAUCUGCUCGAGCAACAACAACGUGCCUCGCAUCACGCUCAUCCUCGACCGGAUGCGCGAGCGUCCGAGCUGA